AUGGAUAGCUCGCCGGAUCUGUCGCUGAAGCUGCGACGUGGCUCCAUCUCACUCAGCGAGGAGAUGCUCCUGCUGGUGGCACCGCCACCACCGCCGCUGGCGCCGCUGCUUGGCCAGCCGCUGCCCACGCUGACGGAGGCGGAGGACAUGCCGCCGACGCCCACACCGCCGCCGAUGAUCGGUCAUCCGCAGGCGGAGCCGCAGCUCAGCCUGGACUUGAGCCUCGAUAUGGAGAUGAGUCUGGACGCCACCUCGCCGCCAGGAUCGCCCAUCAAUUCGGUGCUGGAGCUUGAGCUCAUUCCACCGCCGCCCCUUUCCCCCAUGGAGGAUGCCGGCCUGCGGACGGACGUAGACGACGAUGGCGAGGAGACGGACGAUGCGGAGGAGGCGGCAGCUGUGCCGCCGAUGCUCAUCCCCCCUCCCCCCAUGACAGAGGAGCCUAGGGAUCGGGCUGAUGGUGCUGCAGCAGAUGAAGAGGCAGAGGACGAGGCUGAGGAAGGGGAGGAUGAGGAAGAUGAUGAUGAUGAGGACAAGUCCACACCGCCACCACCAUUGCCGCCACUGCCCUCAAAUCUGUCGUAUGUCCAGGGCAACGUCACCCCGCCCCUGACCAAAUCCCCAUCGAACUCACCCUCGCCACCGGUGACGCCACCGCCCUGCCCGGAGCUGAAUCUCACGCGAAUGGUGUCGCCACCGGCGCAGCACAUCAAGCCCGUGAGCGGCAGGGAUUACAGCCGGUCGCUGGACAACGAGGAUGAGUCGACCACCAUUACCACUCCACCGAGCAACGGGUAUUCGGCCUCCUCGAUCAUUGCCCCACCGCCAGAGCACUUUGCGGAGUUGGAUGAGGACAGCGUGGGCGGAGGAGCAGGACGUGGGCUCUUCAUUCCUCCGCCGCCCCUGAGCAUGGACAUGGAGGAGCCAGAGCCCUCCGAGGAGCCUAUUACCCAGGAAGACGACGAGGAUCCCCUAUCCGUGGACAGGGAGGAGGGACACGCCGACAGCAUCAGCUCCCCACGAGCCGCGAGCAUCGCCAGCGGCGGCAUCAUGUCCACCAGCGGGGCCAUAGCGGCCAUGGCAGCCAAUGCCGCUCCUGGCAGCGGCUCUCCCAAGCUCUCGGAGAGUCGCGGUCCCAGCCGCACCGGCAGCCAGCGCUCCGCCACUGCAGCGGGCAUCCUCUCGCCACAGGCAUCCCUCAAAUCGCAGGCAUCCAUCAAGUCGCAGUCGCAAUCCCACUCCCAGUCGCACUCGCAAUCCUCCGGCAAGAGUCCCGUGGCAUCCAUCAAGUCCAGCUCCCAGCGUGUCCAGAGCCCGCCCGUGGGCGAAGGGGCCCCAGUCAUGCCCUCGCCGCCACUGAUGCGCAGUCCGCCGCCGGAGCAGGCCCGUCAAAUGCACAGUCCGCCAAGGAUCACAACGCCGCCACGCGUCUGCAGUCCUCCACUGGUCAGCAGUCCACCCAAGCUAGCGGAGACGGCAGCAGCAGCCGCCGCAGCCGCCGUCACAGUCACAAUCAAGGAUCAGUCGAUCGUCAGCAGCAGCAGCAGCAUCGCCGAGCCACCGAUCGCAACACUGAGCUUCCAGGAUGAGCAGAAGACCCAAACGCCACAGCCACAGCCGAAGCCAGUGACCACUCAACCACGGACGCACUUCACCAGCAGCCACCAUCAUUACCAUUUGCCGCACCAGUUCCAGCAUCCGCACCACCAGAACCACCACACGCACAGCGUUCGCGUACCCACGCCCACUGUCCCCAGCAGCUAUGCCCCGCCGCCGCCACCGCCCACCGAUGACGGCUUCCCCGAGUACAGCCGCAAAAGCUAUAUCCCGGCUAUGGCCGCUCCUGUCCUCAGCUCUUCGCUACUGUCGGCAGCCUCCGGCGAGGGUGCCACAGCCCAUGUGACGGCGGCCAUUUCGCCUGGCCGCGCAUCGGCCCGCUCCGGCUCCCAGCACCAUGUGACCAUCGACGAGUCCAGUCUGCCGCGCAAGAGCAGCGUCAGCGUGGUAGAGGCCUCGGCCGGACCCAGUGGCAUCGUCGUCGGUGGCGGCGAUGGGGACGGCGAUCGCGACGUUGGAGGCGGCGGUGGUGGCGGUGGCGGUGGCGACAGCUCCGAUCCGCCAUCUUCCCCUGGGAGCAGCUCCCAACAGGUGAGCGGCAGCCAGGCGGACGGACAGCUGGCCUUGAUGUACCACUCGCACCAGCUAACCAAUUAUCCGGCCAUCCUGCCGGCCAUCAAGCGCACCCAUCGGCCAUCGUUCGUCUAUCCGCCAAUGCCCAGGGUCAAGGCUGGCGAUGCUCUGGCCACACUUUUCUCCGCCCUGUACGGAAAACUGCUGGUGGUCAUGGGCGUGGCAUUUCCCAUGGCCGAGGUCAUUUCCACUUACAUACCGCCAUCGUUCUACGAGGUAUACUAUCUAUAUUUGUAUAUUGGUAGCAUGAUCUUUCUGCUAUUCAUGUACGCCACGUUGCUGUGGGGUCGCCCCAAGCUGCCAACACCCAUGGCCACAUCACCGAAUAAAACAACAAAGACCAGCACCUCGGACAGCAUGGACGAGUCGGACACGGACAGCACCUCGAACCAUCGGCGCCUGCCGCCGCCCAUCCAGGUGCGGCGUCCAUCCCUCCUGUCGCCCCUGGGCAGGCAGCAUCACUAUGGCAGCUUCUAUCUGCGCAUGGGCGCUGUGGCUUUUGGGAUUGGCAGCAUGAUCUAUUCGGGUCUGGAGUUUGGGCAGUACUUUGAACUGAAUCCGGACACCAAGUGCCACAAUGUGCUGCUAGCAUUGACGCCGGCCACCCGGAUGGCCUUCAUCUUCAUCCAGAUGUACUUCAUCUUCCUGAACAACGAGCAGAUCAAGGUUUACCGGUACAAGAUCAUCGCCCGCUUCGGCCUGAUGCACAUGAUCGGCACCAAUCUGGCCGUCUGGCUGAACGUGCUCAUCCAGGAGACGAAGCACGAGAUUCUCACCUUCUACAAUCCGGAGAACCGCACGCUGCGCAUCUCGCAUCGCAUUCCGGGCCACUCACGCGGGCAUGCCGUCAUUCCAGUGCACGAUCCGACGGCGCACUUGAGGGUGGCUCGAGGCCUCAAGGGUCCCUACCAGAUCUUCGAGUGCCGGCGCACCAACAUCAUCGGAACUUUGGUGCAGGACGCCUCGCCCUUCCUUUUUCCGUGCACCAUCGAGUACUCGCUGAUCUGCGCCGCCAUCCUGUACGUCAUGUGGCGCAGCAUCUCGCGGCCACAGAGCAAUCCGCCGCAACGCCCGGACAUGAUCAGCUCGCCGAUGAAGCGCUCGCCCCACCACUACUCCGUGGACUGUGCACGGGCCCACAAGGGCCUCUUUGUGGGCAUCCUCAUCCUGGUGCUGACCAUCAUCUCGCUCAUCAUAUUCUUUGUGCUGAUCUCACGGCCGGAGUUCGUCUCGAUGGCCGUCACCGAAGUGACCAUCUGCGAGCUUCUCAUCUACGGCACGGCCACGAUCGCCACUCUGCUGGGGAUGAUCCAGAUCCGGCAUCUGCAGUACGAUGCCUACCGCAGCUUUUCCCUGGACGAUAUCCUGCUGGUGGGCGCCCAGACGGGCUCCUUCCUGUACAACAUUUUCACGGUGAUCGCGGGCCACUUUACGCUGCGCAGCGACGACAUGCUGGUGCCCAUCAAUGCCCUGGCCUCCAUCGUGCAGACCGCCUGCCAGACGAUGUUCAUUCUGGACGCCAGUCGCCGCCAGGCCGUUAGCCCCGAACACAUCCGCAAAAAGCCCGGCCGGGAGAUUGUCACGUUCAUGCUGGUGGUGAACCUGGCCAUGUGGGCGAUCAGUACGCUGGAGAAAUCGCGCGCCGAAUCGCAUCCCAUCCAGCUGAACUUCUACGGGCUGUGGGCCUGGACCAUCAUCACGCAUGUGUCCAUGCCGCUGGCCAUAUUCUAUCGCUUCCACUCGACCGUGUGCCUGUGCGAAAUCUGGAAACGGGCCUACAAGCUGAAGCCAACGUACAUGUGAGAAUUCGCCCGCUCGCGCAUUCAGAGCAUUGCGCAGCAGCAGCAAUUCUGCGAGGAUCUCAAGACGAACCUCUCCUACUGCUACUGCUCCACGACCCUCGCCGGCGGCGAGCUGGAGACCGUCGAGGAGGUGGACAGCGGUGAAAGUGCCAACACCAACACUGGAGAGGCGGCAGGUUCGGGAUCGGGAUCGGGUUCGGGUUCAGGUUCAGGAUCCGGUUCGGGAUCCGGUUCGGGAUCGGGAGCAGUGCCUGAAGAUCAGGAGAAGAUUGAGGCUGAGGCUGGCAAGGAGGAAGUGAAAGAUGCCCUGGGCGGCGACAGUGGGCGGCGUGCACUGUCGCCGCAGAGCCUCAACACGGAGAAGGCCUUCUGUCCGGUCUACGUCAUAAAUGGUGAAUGAGUUUACGCGCACUUUGAGUUCAUUGACGCAACAAGCGGCCAUGAGCUCAGCUUUGUUUAGGAUACGCACCCGCCAUAAGCCAUAAGCCAUACGUCAUAAGCCAUACAAGAGAAGGAGAACCAGUACCACCCACCACAGCGCACAUCACCCACCAAAAUCGUCAUGAAACCACCAUUAUUUUUGGGGCGGGUGCCAAGCAAAAGAGAUAAUCCUUAUCCCCCUCAAACGGAACCUAAAAUAAAACAAAAAAAACAUAUCCGCCAAAUCGGAAACGGAAAUCAGAAACAAACACAGAAACGGAAAGGCGAUACAUAAAUAAUCGCAAGCCCACGCAAUAUCGUAAACGGUUUAAUCAAUAUGACAGUUCUGGUAGAUAAUACCCGCACUCGUACUCGUACUCGUACUAUAGUAUCUGUAGGUGGAUAUUUAGAGCAUAUACAAAAAUAUACCCCAAAAGUGUUGACUGUCUCUCUUUCGACCGAAUCAUGCAUUUUAUAUAUAUGAUAUAUAUACUAGUAUGUAUUUAUAUAUAGAGACUGACUGCUGACUGUGUGGGUUCUUCGAGCAAUCACCACACCAUUCAUCUAAUGAUCCUAAAGAUCCUAGAACUAAAUACAAUAUAAAUCGGUAUACGCAUAGAGCAUAUAUACAUAUACUACUAGAGUCCUGCAGAAAUAUCCAAAGUGUUCACAAGCAUUCACAAAACUCUUUCGAAAUUGCUCAAACAAUCUCUACCAGAAGAUCAAAUGGAGAAGGCGUUCAGUCCCGUUCUGCUCGAAUGCUUCGAAGUAUUUCAAAGUGUGUCGCAGGACUGAUUCGGUUGUGUGUUCAUGCAGGAAGUGAAAGAGCAGCAAAGAAAAUAAAUUGAAAAUGAAAAUAAAGAAGAGCAAAAAGAGAAGGAGAUGAUUCAUCAACCCCACCAAAAAGCGAUGCGAAAAUGUCGACAACAACAGAAAGUUUAUAAAAAAAAACACCACUCGUACUACAUAGUAGACGGUAUAGACAGUAUAGCACAUAAGUAUAUAUACACAUACUCGUAUGUAGAUGGUCUAUGCUAUCCAUAACACCAUUCCCUACCAUCAUUCCCCUACCCUACCAUCGCCUAUCGCCCCACAUUAAUGGAUCGUUUGUUGAAACUCCUAGUUUAUCACAGCGUUAAUAAUGCAUUUUAUUAAGUAAUUUUUGGAUGGGUUAAGAUCUUGUUAGGACCUUGUUUGCCACCCCAGAAGCGGAUAGGUUUUUUGUGAUACAUAUUUGUGUUUUUGCUUGUUCCGAUUUAAACUGAUUCUUUAACUAUUAUAUUAACCAAAUCUUUCAGUAUUAAAAAGCAACAAAACAAAACAAAAAAAUAAAAAAAAAAUGGAUAAAAAGCUCAAAAACUGUAGAGAGACAAAUCACCAGAUAACACCUACUAUAAGGCACACAAAUCUACAUAUAUAGAUUAAAGCAAUUUUAAGGAUAUAUAUGAAUAUGAAUGUCUGUUUUUUUUGUGUCUACCAUAAGGGUAUAAGAUAUAUCUAUGCAUAUACUAUAUAUACAUAUAGGAUUAGACUCCACAUACACUUACGAUACGCGAUUGUCUUGUAUAUUUUGU